UGCUAUUUUCUUUCAUCUCCUAGAAUUCUUCAUGAGUGUUCAAUCCGUCCGGACUCCGCACAGUGAACGUUCUAAAACAUGAUGGUCGUUGUAGUUGACAAGUUGAUUUCCAUCUCUCUUCCCAUACCACGGUCCAUGAUAACAAUGACAUCCCCAACACUCCAGGAGCCAUAUGCUUUGAGAAUGCCAUCGUGAAUCGACAUUGUUGACUUGCCAGUCUGACAGAUAUCAUGGCGUCCAGAAAGAGCAUCGUCAGGCUGCGGGAGCACUUUUCCUUCGGCAAUGAUCAUGUUCAUGCUCCAUCUCUUGGUCAUCCUUCAAUGGCGCCACCACCGUCUCUUCUCCGGUCAUAAAUCUAGCACUGGCUCUGAGCAAAGUCUGCAGAAUUUCCAACUCUUCCUCAUUUCUUGGAGCAUACACUAUCAGAAACGUGUCUCCGAUCUUCCAACUGUAUUUCCUGCCACCUAACCACCAUGGAGCUGUUCUUGCACAACGGUGUCGUUCGGCCCAGCCCUUCUCAAUGAUCUCUUUGGCAUCUGCAGGUGAGAAAUACAGAUGCAUGGAUGCGUCGCCGUGGAUAUGACCAAGUUCUCCUCGGGAGACGGUGGCAACCUCGGGAAGGUUUUGAGGUUUGGCUAGGAGACUUGGAUGUACAAAAAGAGCAAUGUUGUGCUUUUCAAGGCUGGAAAGGUUUUGCUGCAGUGACCUAGGAUUUCUCAAAACAAGUGAGGUAAAAAGAGAUGUCACACGCUUACAGUCAUUAGCCACAAACCUCACAAGACAAUAUCAAGGGGAUGAGCUCCUUUCGAGUUCACAUGCUGACCAAACUCACCGCAUUCAUCGACGGUCCCGGGUUCUGGCUGAAUUGUCGUUGAGGAGCAAUGCCCAGGAUCAGUGGGCGAGAUCCUUUUCGAUUUGGAAGUGCCAGAAUCUCUUUGUGGGCAGCAUUCUCAGGAUAGUCACCUGUCCAUGUCGUGUCAUGUGCUGAGAGUGUAUAAGGACGAACGAUGAAGGAGGUCAGGACCCAGCCGUACACAUUGUAUGGUGGCCCUCCUGGUCCCAGUGACUUGUACAAGCGAUAAUCUUGGACACACCACAGUGCAAAGCUCACCAACGAGAUGGCGAGGGCAGCAACGACCAGAAUGGGAUGCAGAGGCAGAGAGGAGUGGAGGACCUGAGGCUCGGUUGCAUUAGGAAGGAUAUACAGAUCGUUGUUCAUGUUGAAUUGGCGUGCACUCUUGUAACAGGAGGAAGCUCAGCAAUGACAGAAAAUAUAGAAAAAGAGAGAGAGAGAGAGAGGGAGGACGAUAGUUGCCAAAGGAGUCUGGCAGGAGAGGACUUUCUUUUGUGAGAAUUUCAAGGUGGAGAGAGGUACCACACGGCCACGAGGGCAGGUGCGUUGCAGAAAUCGAAGGAUCUUUCACAAGGACGAGGACGAGGACGAAGACGAAGACCUGUUGAACUCGGAGUGAGGCAUGUGCCUUUCCGGGUACAUAGGCGAGAGAGAUGCGAUUUGCAGAGGAAUGACGCUCGCAUCGGCUGACCAGCCAUGGAACAAGGGGAGCGACGGUGAUUCGAGGCAGAGGACGCGGUCUUUUGUGAAUAAGGCAAGGUAAGGUACCGUAGGCAGGUAGAUUGACAGCGUAUAAGUGAGUACUCGGCCUCAGUCUGGAGCAGUAAGAAGCGCAUCAGCGACGUGGAGAGGGAUGGUUCUGAGCUACUGGAUGAGUAGUAGUUUCAGUGACAAUGAUACGCCUAAAAGGGCCUUAAUGGACAAGGCCCAUGACGUCCAAUUUGUUGAUGUUCCUGGAGGGGCACAACGAAGGCGAUGCCACUUGAUGCUUCUUCUGACGCAGGUCGGUGCAAGGGUUUUACGAGCCCAACUUCAUGCGGGAUGGUCACUUGGACACUUUCUGCUGCUUGUUUUAUCCCUCAUAUGCCCAGAAUGCUGCAUGCUUGUCGACGCCUUACUCCCCUUUUGCGUCAAACCGAAGCGUAAGCUGAGUUGGACAGCCUCAAGGUGCUUUUGAGAAACUCGCACAGAGAGAGAAAA